AUGGCUCCCCCGUCUUUCUCGCCGCUGGCCAACGUCAACAGCCACUUGGCGCGCAUGGUCUCGUUCCUCGACAUGUCCCGCAUAUCCAAUGUCGAGACCACGUCCCCGGUGAUGCUCACCACUGUGUUUGACCCGGCAAUCAACAAGUUCACGCACCUGACGCUCAACGUCAUGCAGACGAGCAACGGCGCUUACUACCUGCCCGUGUGCGCUGUGGACUCGAUUACCGCUGCUGGCCCCGACCAGGUUGCGUCGACCGACAGCUGCCAGUUUGGCAUCCAGAUGUCCUCUGUUCCAGCCAAUGUUGUGCGCACAAAGCUCGGCGCGGUGCAAAGCCUGUUCCGCGCAAUCAGAAGCGCUGCAAGCCACCCGGUAUUUAAUCUCGGCGGAUUUUCAAUGACCAGCACAACCAGCCCCCAGUCUGGUGCUAGCGCUGGCAUGCAGGCCAUGUAA